AUGAUUACUUUUGGGCAACACUUUGCCGCAUCAUUGGCAGCUCAACAGUACAAGGUUAAAAGCCAACCAGAACCACACCAGGAACAUCAAAAUCAACCAGAUACAUCACCAGGCGGUGUUAAUGUUCUAUUGGGAGGGUAAUAAUAAAGAAUAAUUAAAUACAAUAAAUAAAUGUAUGCUUAUAGUAUUAAUUAAUAUUUACAAUUUACACAUACUACUACAAUGCACAUCAGAAGCAAAACAUACCGUUAAACAAACUAAUCAUUUGUGUUGUAUUGCUAAAAUUCUAAAACAUCAUAUCUGCAGUAUAUAUUAUUGUAUAUAAUUAAGUGCCUAUAGUUUUAAAAUAUAAAAAGAAUUCUAUAUUAUAAACAAAUACAUAGUUAGAAAUAUAUAAAACAUAAUUUUAAAUGUGAACAUAUGUGUAUUCAUAAUUUUGUAUUUAUUUACCAUAGAGUUAUGAUGGGUAGCAUGGUUUUAUUUAUUUUGUGGAUGUGUUAUUGUUGCCGAUGGAAAGAUAACAAAUUUGAUGCAACAGUGUGUGCUGACCGACCACAACCUUUUUGGAUUGAUGUUAAUUCAAAUGCUUAUUAUGAAGCACUGCAAUGGUCUUUACAUCAAGUAAUAAUCCUAUUAAUCAUUACUAUAGGUAUUUGAUAAGAAAAUAUAGAAAGAUAAGUUUUAUAACUCACUUUGAAUAUUCAGUACCAUAAUUUAUAGUAUACUGUAAGUGUUCUGUAUAGUUUUUGUGUUACGAGUUUAUAGUUCAAUUUCCAUUUUAAUAAACUAUUAAAAAUGAAUAUGAAUCUGAACAUGGACACUAAACCAUUCAAACCAAAAUUAAUCAUAAUAUAUUUUUUGAAUCAAAAUAAAUAACUAUAUAAUACUUUAUUUUAAAGUAUAUAUAAAUAAAAUUAUUGGUUAUGUCUUUGUUUAAAUUUAUUUAUAAAAACUUUUGACUCAUUGUUUGAAAUAUUAUUAAUCUUUAACUCUAACAAAACCUUAGCUUAUAAGCUAUAUAAUCAUAAAUUUAUAUUUAAAUGAGGUAUACCAUGACAAUUUAAAAAAUACUAACUAAAAUACUUUAAGCUUAAUCAGAUUGUCUGUAAAAAAAACUAUUUUUUUUUAGGAGUGUUGUGAAAUACCAGAACAACAAUAUUGGUCACCAGAGCCCAUGCAAGAUAUACCGCCAAGAUAUGAAACAGUAAUUACACCACCGCCUGAAUAUGAGGAUGUGAUAAAAGAAAAUUACAAGAAAAAGAAAAAGAUAUUGGAUGUAACAGAAAAUAAUAGGAUGCAUACUAUUUGA